CGGGCGCUAUUGUUGAUGAGGCGCACGGCGACGCGUUGGGCAGCGCGCGGAGCUGCGGGACGAGCUGCGGGGUGGCCGUGAGGGCAGCGCGGGGCGGAGCGGAGCGGGGCUGCACGACGCGUCCGAUCCCCGGCAGGAGCAGCGCGCUCCCCGCUCCGUCCUCUCGGCUUUUGGCCGUCGGGCCAUGUCCCACCAGCGCGUGCGGCGCGGCGGCUCCCCGACCCCCGCCAUCUCCCCCGGGGGAGGGGGCGCGGCGGCGGCGGGCGGCGGAGCGGCGGCGAGCGGGCGGCUGCAGCCCAUGCGGGCCACGGUGCCCUUCCAGCUGAAGCAGCAGCAGCAGCAACAUGGCAGCCCCACGAGGAGCGGCGGCGGCGGCGCCCCGGGCGGGGGUCUCGCGCGUGCGGCGGCCGCAUCGCGCAGCAUCAGCCCCACGCGCGCGGCGCCCACCGGCGGGAGGAGCGGCCCCGGCACGGCCACGCAGACGGCGGGGGCAGGCGGCAGCCCCACGCGUGGGAGCGGGGCUCGGGGCAGCCCCCCGCGGCCGCACCAGCUGCCGCCGCCUCCCCCCCCGCCGCCCCCGCCGGCCGCCUGCGGGCCGUCGCCGUGCUCCUCGCCGCUGCCGGAGGGCAGCAACACGGCGGGCAGGGUCCGGCACCCGCGGCACUCCCCGGAGCGAGGCAGGAGCUCCCCGGAGAGGAAGAGUCCCGGCUCGCCGGGCUGUAAAGACAAAUCAAGGCCACCUUCAUCAAGCCCUUCCAGUAUUAUUCGCCGGACUUCCUCAUUGGAUACGCUUGCUGCUCCUUACCUUGCUGGACAGUGGCCUCGUGAUAAUCACGGACAAGCUGUUCCAUGUAUGAGAGACAAAGCCACACAGACUGAAAGUGCCUGGGCUGAAGAAUAUUUGGAAAAGAAGAGAAGCUCCCACAAACGUUCAGCUUCAUGGGGCAGCACAGAACAACUCAAGGAGAUUGCAAAAUUGCGUCAACAGUUGCAGAGAAGCAAACAUAGCAGUAGGCAUCAUCGAGAUAAAGAAAGGCACUCUCCUUUUCAUGGUAACCAUGCAGCCAUUAACCAUAGCCAGGCUCCAGUCCCGAAGAGUGCUCUUGUUCCUGUGAUACCUAUUACCAAAUCAACAGGAUCGCGAUUCCGAAACAGCGUAGAAGGACUAAAUCAAGAAAUUGAGAUAAUAAUUAAGGAGACUGGAGACAAAGAAGAACAGCUUGUUCCUCAAGAUAUUCCAGAUGGGCACCGUGCACCACCUCCAUUGAUUCAGCGCAGCAGUAGUACUCGCAGCAUCGAUACCCAAACGCCUGGUGGAGCAGAGAGGGGCAGUAACAACAGCAGCCGUUCCCAGUCAGUAUCUCCAACCUCAUUUCUUACCAUCUGUAAUGAGAGCAGCGAGGAAAGUCCUUGUUCAACAGAAGACGUUGAUUCCAGGGAUAAAGAGAAUGGGAAUAAUUCCCCCUUGCCAAAAUACGCUACCUCACCAAAACCCAACAACAGCUACAUGUUCAAACGGGAACCACCAGAGGGCUGUGAGAAAGUGAAAGUCUUUGAGGAAAGCUUGCCAAAGCCAUUGCAUGAAAUUCCAGCCUUCUACUGCCCUGACAAAAACAAAGUGAAUUUCAUUCCUAAAAGUGGCUCUGCUUUCUGCCUUGUCAGCAUCCUCAAGCCACUUCUUCCCACGCAGGAUCUUACGCUGAAGGGCACUACACACAGCCUGACUGUCUCGUCUGGCAUGACACCCAGUUUGUUACAGCCCAUUUCUAUGGCUUCCUUGUCUGCAAACACAGAUCAAGACAGGAUCUCUCGUGGAACAAGUACAGUAAUACCACAGACCUCUAUACUCCAGCAAUCAGGACGUAUUGAGGAAGCUGAAGGAUAGAUCUAGUGUCUUGACACCUGGGCAACUACUGGGGAAAAAUUGGAACCAGUUGACUGGAUCUUUCUGAUCACGCUAUUUGCAUUGUUUUAACAACUUAUGGCACUGUCAUAAUUGGACUGUUUGUAUAUUUGACAGUUUGGUACCACAUUGAGAAAUCCAGGAUGAUGCAGCAACUGAUGCUCUAUUGCACUUCCUGCUUAUGAAGACUUCAGUUCCGUUUACCGCCCACUUUUUUUUUAUUUUAUUGAAUACUGGUGAAAACUAAGACUGUUGUAAACCUCUGCCAUUUUCAGGACCAAUUAUUGUGAUACUGUGUGUUUUUUUGACUCUUUCCCACUAAAAGAAAAAUAUCAAGACCAACUAGCUGACCCCAUUUUACCACUGUAACCUGUGGAGGGGAUGGGCAAUCAAGUGGUUUUGCAAGUUGUCUUUUGUAUGAAAACAUGUAUUUUAUAACAAAGACUUGCCUUUUCUGAUGUGUAGUGGGUAGUGUUUAAAAGACACUUUUCUGGUGACCAUUUCCCCCUAUGUUCCCCCACCACUAUUUUUGUUGUUGUUUUUUUUUACAGUAGAGAAGAUACAUUUUACUUUGCUGUUUUACAGCUGCUGGGACCAAAGGAUUGCUGAAGUAUUUAAGCAGUCUCAAAUUAUGUGACCUUUCUGAACAGCCUCAGCCCUAAGUAAGACAAGUUAAUGUGUUUGAGAAUUUUAAAACAGUAGAGUAUCCAGAAAGCAGUGUUAAUACGUAGUGUAUUUUUUUUUAAUUGAUACUAAAAGUUUGUGCUUCCAGUAAGUCUCAUUCUUAAAACUCCUUCCUUCACCCGGCUGCUAUCAGUGAUGGUUUACUGGCUGGAGAAUUGUAUUUUAAAGCACUUGUCCCAGUAGUGUUCCAUUUGUGCACGGAAUUUUUGUACAGGAGUGGGGAAAACACACAUUAUGUUCUGGUUCCCUCUUAUUCCAGAAAACAUGCCACUUACCUCUUACAGGUUUGCUUGGUUACUUACAGAGUUAGUCGGCAUGAAUUGUUAAUCACUCUUGGCAAAAAUCUGCUCUGAUGUGACUCUUCACUGUAUUAUAGACCCUGGCUAUGUGAUACUGAAAUACUUGUGCAUGAUUUCCUCUCUUUUUGUCAUAGUGGUGUUUUCCGUGUACGUUGAACAUGUUGGAUUGUCAGCCAUGGUAUUUGUCGGCCGUGGUAUUUGUUACGCAGCAGUUUACUGCAGCAGACAUGUUCUCCUUUUUGACUACAAACUUAGGCUGCUGUGUAAAACGCCAUUUUUUGGAUGCUUAUUCUGUCCUCAUCAGUUUAUGGUUCUUCCGAAGUUGUAAGAGAAGGGGCCAUUUCAAAUGAAAGCUGUUCAGGGACUUCAGUGAGGUUUCUCUUGUGUUCCUAGCGUUUGUUAUCUGUACUUGAGUAAAUACAAUAUAGAUAUGUGCAAAAAAACCUGCAGUGACUUGAAUGCCAAUGUCAUAUCAUCCUGUAAAAUGUUUGCCUUUUAGCCUCUUUUACAGAGGUAAAUUCAGUCAUUUCAAAUUAAUAUAAUUGUGGAUAUUUUGUGGGUCUGAAUAUUGGUCUGUUAAGCAUGAAUCAUUCCUACUGACUUGCAUAUGCAUUGCUUCUCUGGCUGAGUUGCAGUCUCAGAUCUCUCCCUAAUUAAAUCUAUCUAAAGAUUGUACUGUAAAUAUACCAACUUUGCUUAGUGCUUAAUAUGCUGGAUUUGGUUGCUGAUGUUUCACUAGGAGAAAAGAAUAACCUUCCUACCUUUGCAGAUAAUAGUCAUAGUUCUGAUGCAUGCUUACUGUUCCUCCAAAUCCAACAUAAAUAACUGUCUGAUAGCAAUAAGCUUCACUGAGCAGGUUAGUGUAAAUCACAGCGGCCUACACAAGUCCUGCAUUUAGAGUGUAUGUUGACCCCCUCUUUAAAACAUAAUGUAAAAGUUAAACAAAUGAAAAAUGUUCCAAAGUAUGAAAAUACUGCAACUGUUAAAUCAGCAAAUGAACAUCAUUUAAUAUGCCAUUUUUCUUCCCAUCAAAAUAGAUAGGAUCAUGCAGAUGGGACCAAAAAGCUCUGUUUUUGAGUGGCAGCUCUGAUUUACACUGAAUAAGUUGUUGGAGAGGAGAGGACUUUGUGCACCAAAUUUGUGUGCUAUGAUUAGUUAAUGAGCCUUUGUAGUAUUAAUCAUUUUCUUCUGAAAGAGUUCCAGUGAAAUUCAAAGACUAGUAUAUGCUGCUUUAGAUAGGUUGUUUAAAGCUGGUAUGGCUGGGUUCAUGAGAGAUGGGAUCAUUCAGGUGAAGGAAGUUCUUGUGAAUCUAUUUUUUUCUGUAGCAGAAGCAUGUAGAGUUUCUCCAUCAAUGCCAAAUUGCUUAGUGCUUUAUCAGGAGAUCUUAACUAAAUGGUUAAGAACUGAAGGGCUAAAGUUAACAAGCAGCCUUUGUUACGGCCUUGAGACUUAACUGAUUUAACAAAAACUGUAUUCUAAUGUUUGUUUUAAUCACGGAGUGAUUCUCUCAAAUAGCAGUGAGCUUUCGUAACAUGGAACUUUUCUCCUAUGUUAUUACUCAAGCAUCUCUUCAGUAGCUCAUGUUGUAUAUUAUUGGACAAUGUGCUGUGUAAAUUACUGAGCCAAUCUGUUAAAAAUACAAAUAGAAAUGUAUGAAGAGUUUGCUUUUUAUCAAAACAAAUUGAAUUCAGAAUGGCAUUCAAUUUAAUUUUAUUUAUUUUUUUUUAAUGUGCAGGACUAUACAUUGCUGUGGCAGCUCUACUUUAAUGUGAAUUCACACUAAGGACUCAGAAUUAAGAAAAUAUAACAGCUCUUGUUCCAAGACCAGCUUUUACAAGUAUGCACAUAAAACUUAGCCUUAAACUUCCUAUGUGCUGUCUUGUGCCAAUAGCAGAGCUGCAAGGUAAAGUAUUUAAAUCAAUUUUAAAAUAGCUUUGAAGGUGUAUAUAACUUUAAAGCAAAUAACAAAAAGCAAAAAAAAAUCCAACAACAAACUCUAUAUAGAGUUGAGAUGCUCAGUUUUAUGAGGGGUUAAAGUAUGGCUCAAGCACAGUUAUAUGGAAAGUUUUCAAGUUCUUCUGGCAUUCUUCAAAUCCUAACUAUGCAUAGACCCAGUCAGUUCCUUGAUUACCUACUUUGUAGCUUAAAUACACAAAAGGUCUAUUUUUACAUACAAAUUGACACUCUUGAUACUGUUUUCCUGAUAUUUUACACUUUUAGCCCAACUUUGAAGGCUGAUAGCAGUGUUCAGUAACACUCACAGUUGAUCUUUUGAUAUAUUAUAACCAGUGUUCCUCCAGUUGUAAAUUUCACAUAAUUCACAAGGAGGUUGUUGUUGUUUUAAUGAAGGUCUGUGCAGGCAGCUAUGACUGUUGGACUCUUUAUUUUAAAAAUCUGAGGCACAAGGAGGAGGGCUUCUCGUUAUGUAGCAACAAAUUUAAGUACAUGGAAAAGUAAAAAAUACUAAUAAAGAAAUCUAUUGAGUUACAUAGACCUUCGGAGGAGAUUCUUGCUCACAUGUGCAUACCUUGAGAGAGAAAAAAGGGAGUGCAAAUUAAAUAUAGCAUACUGUGGAAGUGUUUGAUGCAUUUGCGAUUGCAUUACAUAAAUCAGCUCUUAAAAAGUAUGUUUACUCUCAGGGCUAUCUUCUUCUGUUUGUUCUAAGAUGCAGUUUACUGAAAUCAAGAGCUUAAGGUUCUUUUUUAAGAACACUGAAGUCUGAGCCUUUUGGGAAGAAAAUUGCUUCUAAAAAUGGGUAUUUGCAUCAUUUUAUUGCUGUAACAUCUGGAAAUGUUUAUGAUAUUAACAUAAACCUACUGGCAGAUAUCUCUGAAGAUUCGUAGUCCUACCAUAUGUAAAGCUUGCUACUUUCUGAUCUUGAUACUCAGAGUUAAUUGUUACUAAGACAACUUUUGAAACAAGGAGCCCUCAACUCUUAAGAACAUGGGGGAGGGGAGGGGGGGGAGGGAAUGCAGAGAAGUCAGAUCCAUUAACCUUUCCUCUGCCUCCUUCCUUUUGUUUAAGGAGCUUAAAAGAACCCAUUGGUAUGGCAGUAAUUUCUUGCUUAAAUGUGAUCUAUUCUCUUGCCCAUCUCCAAAAUGUCUUUACAGUAACUCACUGCCAGUGAAAUCACUUUCCUUGAGGAAUUUCUGACAGCUUCUCCGUGAAACUCUGAAAGGGGAGUGAGGAGAUUACAUAGACACCAUUAACUUGUAGUUAUAAGAUCAUUGCUGCUGAGUGACUUCUUAGAUAUUUUAAUUUCCAUUGUCUCGUUGUGUACACACACAGUCUGCUAGGCCUGCUUCUGUAAACUGUAUUUGGUAUUUUAGAUUAUCUUUUUCUAUGGACAGAUUUUCCGAACUUUGCUCAUACAGAACUGAUACAUGAUUUUAAUACAGAUAUCCUCAAAGCAAAGAUUGUUUGUCAUUCUUAUUCUCGUUAAAUUAAGGUACCAUUAAUAUAACCUGCAAAUGACCUUUUUAGGUCCUUGAUAUAGAAGCAUCCAAACACUUGAGAAUGUUAGGACUGUGCUUUUUUCUGUGUGCUUCUGUAGUUUAAGUGCCCUUCAUCAAAUGGCAGAGCCUAAUGACGUUGUGGCAACUUAGUCUCAAGCAAGUUUAAACAAAAAGUUUAGCUCUUAGAAAGGUAAUAGAAAGCUCAUCUUCCCUUUAACCCGGGAGGUGAAAAGCACUGUAGAGAACUGAUUUAUUUAUGUUUGAACAAUUCAUACAAAAUUGUUUUCCUUAACCUGAAUAUUUAGGAAAACAAAAUGGUCAUUCAUUGCAAGAUGUACCUGUAUAUUUUCUUGAAUUUCUGUGUUUAACAACACUGGGAGUCAAUCUUACUAUUGAACUUUUAUUUAUACAAGGAAUGGUUUAGAUGCAUUGUUUUGACUCUGUUGUGUUGCUUCUUAAGCUGGGAAAGAAUGUUAACUUUUCACGAGUGUUCAGUGAAAUUCCAGUCCCGUUUAUCAACAGGACUGCAGUCUUUCUGAAUGCUCCAGCUCUAAAUGAUGUCCUCUCAGUUUUUCCUUGAUUCAGUGCAUGUCAUCAGUAAGUACUUAGGUAUGGUCUUUGCUUAGAAGUUCUUCACUGGGAUUUGUAUUUGACUACAGAGACUUCUGUAGCAUUGACAGGUCUAUGUGAAUUGCAGAAGAGGACUUGGCCUGAAAACAGUGGAAGUUUCUUACACAGGUUUAUUCUGAUAGAACUCUUUGGAAAAUCUAGUAAGCUGAAAAGCAGAACAACCUUCUUUGGACUCACCCGCCCUAAUUUUCACUAGAGUAAUAGUUGAAGAAUAUUGCUUGGCUUUAUUUUUUCAUUUAUUGAAACGUGCAAUUUUUGAGAGUAACAGUUAAGGGCUGUCCAAAACUGCCAUUAGAUUGGUCUUUGUAUGAAAUUGGCUGAUGUGUUUUCCUCUGUUACACUGUGAUUAACUUGUGGAGGUCUUCUUGUGUAUGUUGUACAGAUCAGUUACUUGUUGCAUGUACGGCUGUUUUUGUAAGCAAGAGGAAUUCCAGGUGAUAUGCAUAAAGGGCCUAUUCUGAAAUGAUGUACACUGGUGUAAAACUGGAGCAGCUCUACUCAUUUCAAUGGAAUUCUUGAUUUACACUAGUCUUUGCUAUGUGUAGUUAUGCCAGUACUAUUUUGCACAAUGUUGUUUUAAAUCUUGAGUACUGAAUUGUGAACUGUUUCCACUAGAAACAGUAAAAAUUUUUACAAACUGCAAUAGUGGAAUGUUUUUUUGGGAAUUUUUAUUUUAUUUUUUUGCCUAAAAUAAAAAGUCAUCACUUCCA